GCUGUGGUCAGGGCAGGGCUCUAACCAGGCUCUGUCGGUCUGAAGCGGGGCUCCACCCGGAGCUAAGGAAACCUAAGGAUGGGGCGCUCUUAGCCCCCAAGGCCGCGGGCUUGGGCGCGCCCCCCGGCUUCCUCGCACCGCAGGGCCUCCGCGGUCCCGGCAGGCAGGGUGGGGCGCGCAGUCGGGCCGGUGGCUGCGGGAGCUGGUUUCGCUCUUCUGGAACGUGCGCCCGGGAAAGGCGGGACGCGGAGGAGGGGGCACCCGCCAUGCUAGGACCGCAGCUUCCAUCCGCUGCCUCCAGCCCGCCACCCCCGCGGCGCGGCCCUCCGCAGCCCUAGCGAGGAGGAAGCGGAGGCGGCGGCGGAGGCGCCGCCCCCUUGGCCCGCUUCCCGACCCGGAGGCCUCCGCAGGACCCAUGGCGGAUUCUUCGCCUGCGCUGGCCCUGCGGGAAGGCGGCCCUCGCGCGUCCCGGCCCUUGGCCCCUUCGCCGCCGCCGCGCUCACGCUCCGGCUCCGAGCCGGAGGAGGCCGAGCUGUCGCUGAGCCUGGCCCGCACCAAGACCCGCUCGUACGGCAGCACCGCCAGCGUGCGGGCGCCGCUGGGCGCGGGCAUCAUCGAGCGCCAUGUGGAGCACCGGGUCCGCGCGGGCGACACGCUGCAGGGCAUCGCGCUCAAGUACGGAGUCACGAUGGAGCAGAUUAAAAGGGCAAAUAAACUGUUUACCAAUGAUUGUAUAUUUCUGAAGAAAACUUUGAACAUCCCAGUUAUAUUAGAGAAGCCGUUGCUGUUUAAUGGACUUAACUCAAUUGAUUCUCCAGAAAAUGAAACUGUUGAGAGCAGUUUUUCUCAGGAAGAGCCAGCGGUGGCUGGGGAAGACCUCUCUCCUCCCAGUCCUCAGGAAUCCGAUGUUCAGCCUGUGCCACCUGAGGAGGUGUCAGCCAGAGAUUUCCUGCAGAGACUAGACUUGCAGAUUAAGUUAUCAACACAGGCAGUCAAGAAACUAAAAGAAGAGAGCAGAGAUGAAGAAAGUCCCUAUGUAACUUCACUCUAUCAUAGUUAGAUGAUCAGGGGGCAUAAUCUCCCUUGGAUUAAGAGAUGGUUGGAUCAUAAAGAAAUCAACAACUGAAGAUUCAAAAACAUCCCUUUUGGAUUCUCAUAGUGUGUAUCUUUAAAUCACAAUUAAGAAGUUCCACCUACUGCAGUUGCUCUGAAGUGAAUAGUUCUCUCUGGCUUUCUAUCAUUUUAAGUCUGCAUUAUGGCAUGGUACCAAAAUUGUAUCCUAAAGCUCAUCACUUUUGUAGGUGGUGGUAGUUUUUUGACUUGCUUUGUGAAUAGUAGUUGACAUAAAGCAUCAAAGACUAUUUACAUAGUCAAGCUAAAAGCAAUGUUUAUCUCUUGACAAAUCCUAAUUAUGUGAGAAAAACAUGGUUGCUGUUUAAGUGAUGCUGAUUUUGCUAUGUGUUUAUAACUUAAGUGCUAUAUAUAUAUAUAUAUAUAUAUUGCUAUAUAUAUAUAUAUAUUUCAAGAUGUACUACAUAUUCUCUAGUAAAUAAAGAACCAAAUUUUGUAAAAAAUAAACUACAAAAAUAUGAAUGAAAAAAUAAACUAUGUUUUUAUA